GCGCGUUCGGCUUACUGUGCAGCACAUGCUUGCAAGGAGUGCUUCACGACCAUCGCUUGCACGGAGGAAGGAACUGCGCAGAGAGGAGGCUAUUGUGAGAAGCACGAAAGGUGUGCUGAGAAUGGGUGCGCCAAGCUGCGGUUUGUGAACGGCGAGGGCAAUCGUGAAACAAAAUGCUCAGAACAUAUGCGUCCUUGUGGAGCACACGGGUGCAACUAUGCCAGGUUAGAAGGGGGGCAACGCUGCGCGAAGCAAAUUUGCACGGCAACUCCUGACUGCCCGGGCUAUCGUAUGUUUCCGAUAUCGACGCUUUGCAACGCGCACAAGUGCAACGCAGUAGACUAUCCCAGCCAGAGGCGUAUGAUCGAGUCUGCCAUCCCACUGGGAACAUUAUUUGCCAUGGACCCAACAAGCACUGCGGCUCAGUUGGCUUUGUGCUAUAGCCCGUAUUGUGCCAAGCAUACGUGCGCUCAAAGUGACUGCAACGAUAGACCAUACAAAGACAGCAGAUUCUGCGCCUCACACACUUGUCAAUAUAAAGGUUGUUCCAACGGCUCACGGGGAAAGGACUACUGCGCUGAUGAUGUCGUGGAUCAUGGUGAAUAUUGCAAGGACCACACGUGCGAAGCCAGAGACUGCAUCGAGGAAGCUGCGACAAGAGGCAAAUACAAAGGGCGAAGUCGUCGCCACGAAGAUCAAUCCGACUCUGAGGAAGAUAGCGAAGACGACUGGAAUGACUGGCCGGGCUUGGGCUUCAGUGGAGGUGGUGCAUAUGGCGGUGGUCGAAGUCGGCGCGGGGGAGGUAGGCGCAGGCAGACUGCCGUUGGGUUUCCUCCGGUAAAUUAUUCGUACGAACCCAUACUUUCGAUCGUCGAAACUGACAAACGGCAGGCUCCUUUCGGCCUUGCGUGGUAAUUUGUCUUUGUAAUAAUAUAACUAUGGAGAGUCUUACGCAGUCUCGCCUGUCAACAUGUUCACGGUUGUGCGGCCUCAAUCUUAUGUAC